GAGAGAGGAGAGGGUGAGAUCUGGGAAGGUUUUCGAAGAGUGGGAGAGCUUCGACAAAAGUUCCUUGCGCGAUGACCACGAACAACGUGGUGGGGAACCCGACAGGCGUGGCCUUGAUAAGGACCGCCCGCUAUUUCCCCUUGAAAGCCACGUGCUCAUCUACUAGCAACGGAGAGGAGAAGAAGACGUGCGUGUCUCCGACAGCAGAACCUGCCGAACAUCUCUCCAUCGUUCCAUCGUCGGCUUUCGCUCGCGAUUCGACGAUCUUUCGGGAAGGAACGUCGCUCCGCGUUCCUUGCAAAAAUCGAACACUCGCGCUUCGUCCUUCGAUCGCGAACGUCCCCCCCUCGCGGUCGACGAUCUUUUCGCGGCGCGACCACGAUGAACCUCGACGAUGAUCCUCCACCACCACCAUCUCGUUUCGUGGAGAAACGUGUAAGGAAAUAGGGAAAGGGGAAAGCGCGAAAGGUUUGCGUAUCGUCUCUCGAGAGACGAGGGGGAACUCGAGUCGAAGGGGGAGAAGGUCGGAAGAUCGAGCGGAAGAAAGAAGAAGGGCAGGGGCUUGACGAGAGAGGCGGGGCGAAGCUCGAUCGGUGUUGGGGGUCCGUCGGUCGAAGGGGAAACGUGUGUUGCCGCUACCUACCAGCGUGCCGACGAACGACGGAGAAGAGAAUAAAACGGAAGGGAAGAGAAGCGAAGAGCGGAGAAGAGAAGAAACGCGGAGAAAAGGGAAGCGAAAAGAAGCGAAGCGCGAAGAGAGGAAGAGAUCUUCGCGGAGGAAGGGAAUAGGAAGGGGUUCGCUAGGAGGGAGAAAGAAGGAGACGUUGAGAGGAACCUUGGGGUGGAGAAGAGGGGAGAAGGUUCCGUUCUCUCUCUGAAGAGAGAUCGGCUCUUCCGCGGAGGAGCGCGUGCAGUCGCUAGCCGAGGCCUAUACUUGUCCGUCGAAGGGUAUUGGUUCUCCAACUCCUCGGUACCGUACCCCCCGAGACCGAGCGAAAGAGAAGGAAACGACGAGUCGUCUCUCCCCUUGGCGCGUUCUCUCGCGGGUCGACGCUCGUUCGCUCGCUCGCUGCUCGCUGUGCUCGCUUGCACGUACUAGCACGUUCGUUCGUUCGUUGGUCCUUUGGUUGGGUUCGAUCGACGACCGAUCGGCCGAUCGAUCGCGCGCAUACACGCCACGCAUCUCGCCCUCUCGAUACGCGAUAAAGGAGAGACAACGCCGUGGCUACCGUCGAAACUGGACAAGACGCGACAAGACGGGACGGGGAAGGGAACGGAACGGAACGGGACGGAACGGAAGGGAACGGAACGAGAAAGAAGAUCCGAUCGACGUCCACCACGCGACGGAGAGACUGAUCUACCGAUUUCGGGGCUGUCAGUCUGGUUUCGGCAACUCCGUUAUUAGUCGAGCCGAUAGAAGCGACGGAAGACAUUCGAGGAGGGUUGCCAGGUAUCCUUCGGCCUCACCGUGCGCCUCUCCCACCACCUCUGAUUCGGCGAGAACUGAGCAAGGGUGACACCCACCCCUCGAAAAAAGCCCUUCGGGGGGUGAGUUUCCGGCACUCGAGGUUGCCCGAUCCGAUCCGCUCCACUCCACUCCACCAACUACAGUCAUUCAACGACCUGACAGCGUCACGGUUCUUACGAUUUACCAGCUACCACAGUAUCCAUCUAUCCGUCCAGCUCCUUUGACAGCUGACUCUCCUCCGCUUCGAUCGGGAUACCGAUCACUCUCAUCUCUUCCUUCCUUCUUUCCUUUCUUCCUUUCUUUCUUCCUUUAUUUCUUUACUCCUUCAUUACUUUGUUCCUUCCUUCCUUCCUUCCUUUCUUUUUUUUUUCUUUUUUCCUUCCUUUUCUCUUUCUUCUCUCUGUCGUGGAACUCUCGGUCGGUGCAACGGUCGUGCAAGUGUCUCUUAACGAUGAUGUCUAUUUGAUCGUUGGAUACGCGUGUAUCGUAUCUCCUCGUGUGCUCCUCGACAGAGUACGCUUUGCUAAAAUUUGCUAUGUGCGCGACACCGUUCACGGAGAAUACCGUGUGAUGUUCUUCGUAAUCCGGUGAGUGGAACGUUGGUUGGUGCAUGGUGUUUCGCCGAAGAUCGUCGAAGAUCGACCAGAAUCGCGGGAGGGUCUGCACACGAUUGCAUUCGAUCGUCUACAGAAGAUGAGACUUUGGAUGAUUAUCUGUGCCCUGGUGGUGGCGAUUCACGCGUCCAUCGCCGAAAUGCCAAGGAACAAGAAUCGUGGUAGAGGAUCGAUGUGGUGGGGAAUCGCGAAGGCAGGAGAGCCGAACAAUUUUUUGCCAAUGUCUCCAGCCUCCCUUCACAUGGAUCCCACAGUGUACGCGACCUUGAGGAGAAAGCAACGCAGGUUGGCCAGGGAAAAUCCAGGAGUGUUGAUGGCCGUGGCCAGGGGCGCGAAUCAAGCGAUCGCAGAGUGCCAACAUCAGUUUCGCAAUCGUCGAUGGAAUUGUUCCACCAAGAAUUUCCUCCGUGGGAAAAAUCUGUUCGGCAAGAUCGUGGACAGAGGUUGUCGAGAGACCGCCUUCAUCUACGCCAUCACUAGCGCUGCAGUGACUCACAGCAUCGCGAGAGCGUGCAGCGAAGGCAGCAUCCAGUCCUGCUCCUGCGACUACACUCACCAAUCGCGACCACCAUCCACCACGCGCGAUUGGGAAUGGGGCGGUUGUUCGGACAACAUCGGUUACGGAUUCAAAUUCUCCCGCGAAUUCGUGGACACGGGCGAACGCGGUCGAAAUCUACGCGAAAAGAUGAAUCUUCACAAUAACGAGGCAGGUAGAGCGCACGUGUCGUCGGAGAUGCGGCAGGAGUGCAAGUGUCACGGCAUGUCCGGCUCCUGCACGGUGAAGACCUGUUGGAUGAGGCUACCCAACUUUCGCGUGGUUGGGGACAAUCUGAAGGACCGAUUCGACGGCGCGUCCAGAGUUAUGGUGAGCAACUCGGAUCGGGUGCGUGGCAAUGGGAACGCGAUCGUGAGCAAUUCGGCGAGCAAUUCGGUGCACGGGCAUCGAGAAGGUCUGGGUCGUCGACACCGGUACAACUUCCAGCUGAAGCCGUACAACCCGGAGCACAAGCCGCCCGGACCGAAGGACCUCGUCUACCUGGAACCCUCACCCCCGUUCUGCGAGAAGAACCCGAAACUCGGCAUUCUCGGCACCCACGGUAGACAGUGCAACGACACGAGUAUCGGUGUCGACGGCUGCGACCUGAUGUGCUGCGGCAGAGGCUACAAAACGCAAGAGGUGACCGUCGUCGAGAGAUGCGCCUGCACGUUUCACUGGUGCUGCGAAGUCAAGUGUCAACUCUGCAAAAUCAAGAAGACGAUACACACGUGUCUCUAGGCCAACCCAUCUCUCUUCUCCAUCCCCGAUUUCCAUUCUUUUCGAAGAGACUACCUCCUUCCCGGCGAAGGACGUGUAUUUCCGUAGUCACUCGUCGAAUUAAUCUCGUCGUCUUCGUCGUUGUCGACGAGGACGAGAGAAGAAGAUCAUCCAAGUGAUUCCACGCACGAAGGAUACAACGCGCUGCGUUCGGUUUCCGAAAUCGACCGAAUCCCCCGCGACGGAGCUGUUACGGAGCCUCCUCCUGUAUUGUCUCUCAGUAUUACGCGAAACGAUUGAAACCGUAUAUUUAUUACGACGUUCACGGACGCGUACUAAAGACUGAGACGGUGAGAAUGAUUGUUAUCGGAUCGCGAUCGUAAUCUUAGAACGUCUUAGAUGUAAAAAUUUUGAAAAAUGGUCUCACUGUACAUACGAUAUUCUCCCUCUUGUUCUCGGAUUGUUUCCUCCGAAAUAUCGCAUGGCGAAAACUUCGAAACUUCCCACGCGCCAUGUUUUCUCUCCCCCUUUUCUUUUUUUUCUUUUUUCUUUUUUACAGCGAACGCGAGAUUCGUUAAACUCGUUAUUUAUUCCGAUCCUUCGGAUCGCGUACUUGUAUAUAAUAUGCGUAGACUAGUUAUAUACGAAUGAAUAUAAAUUUAUAUGUAAAAUGUAUAUAUUAUAUUUUUCGAAAUAUUUAUCGCGCCCGUCGAAGCGUCGCGCGAAAAGUCUCCCGCCCCCCCCCCCCCCCUUGUUUGUAAAUAUUCGACACUGGUGAGAUGGAAACGAGAUAAACGAGUAAAUUAUUUUUAUAUACAACUCUCUCCCUUAGCUCCUUACGCUGUUACUUUCGAUCACGUGCGACGAUCACCCAUCCACACGGAUUUAAGACCACCGUGGAAGAAACCGCAUUUAACCAUCCAGUGUUGGAUGACGUCUCGACUUCUAACUUCGAGCGAGGAAACGAUGAUUUAACGGUAAUUGUACGCGCAUCGUGGAUUCUUUCUUUCUUUUUUUUUUUACACGAUUUUUUGUAAUUUAUAAAAGAAUGGACGUAUAAAAAAAAAUGAAAAUAAAGACGAUUUUACGAAGGA